AGAAAAUUUCUCAUGAUCUCAACUCGGCUAUUCAGCCAUGUAAUAGAUCGCACAAGAAAAAAGGAAUGAAUGAACUCAAGCAUGAAUUAUUCAACCUCUCUUCGGAAUCAGAUACUUCAUCUUCUAUAAACCAUAAUAAUGUGAUUGAAGUUUUUACAUGUAAAAAAGUUACCCAUGACGGCAUUGAUGUAGCCUCGCAACAUCUAGCUCAGUUAUGCGACAAGGCCAUUGAUGCUGAAGAUAGGGCAAAUCGAGCUAAUCAGGAAGAAAUUUUAUGUUGGUGUCUCUACUGGAAGAAUUUCAGAGAUCAGCUUGAUGAGGUUAUCAGAAGCAAUAGUGGAAAAUUUGGCGAAAAGAAGGUGAGAGGUAUACUUUAUGAUUCUAUUACAGAACAGCUUAGUUUGCUUCAAGCGGAUCAUGUGACCAAAAUUUCUGAGACGACCCGUCCUGGAAAAACCUUACCCAUACCUGAAGAAGAUUCAUCAUUCACACCAGCUGAUGCAGAGAUCAAUGUCACCUAUGAUGAUGUGUAUUUUGAUGAUUCCGAUGAAUCAAUAGACUCGAACUACCCAAUCCACAACAUUCUCUUGCGUGAAGAAAUUGCUCGAUUAGAGUGA